AUGGAAGCAAACAUGAAUGACCAUCAUUUAAGUUCUACAAAUAAUAAUAACAGUCAUAAUAGUAGUACUAAUAAUAAUAAUAAUAGUAAUAAUGUAGAAGUAUUAAAUGAACAACUAUACAAAUAUAUUCAAGACAUUAAAUGUAUCGAUCAUCACUGUCACAAUAUAUUGGAUGAACCUGGUAUAUUUCAAUUACCAUUGAUAUCAUCAAUGUGUGAAGCCAAUUUAGAACAAGAUUUAAAUUCAUUAACAUUUAAAAGAACAUUGAAGGAACUAUCACAAUUAUUAUCAACAAGUACAAAUAAUGUGGAAGAGAUUGAAAAGAAAAGAGAAGAGUUGGGAGUUGAACAAUUAACAUCGAUUUGUUUUGAAAAGGCAAAGAUUGAAGCAAUUAUUUUGGAUGAUGCUUUUGAAUUUAAAUACAAUGGAAAAAACUUGCCAAUGAAUGAUUGGCAAUGGCAUACAAAGUAUACAAAGGUGUAUCGUGUCAUUCGUGUUGAAACGGUGGUUGAGAAAUGUAUAGUUCAAGCUAAAAAAGAUGGUUCAUGUUGGGACAAAUUCUUGAAUCAUGUUGUCAAAGAAUUGACAAUCGAGAAUAAUGGUGUCGAUGGACCAGAGAAUCAUAGACAAGUGAUUGGAUAUAAAUCAAUUCUAGCGUAUAGAACUGGUUUAAAGGUUGAUGAAUGGUCAUUGGAAACUGUCAUACAAGAAUAUAAUACUAUUCAAAAAGAACUUAGUCCCGAUGUACAGACCUAUCGUCUCAUGUCAAAACCAUUGAUUGACUUUUUCCUACAAUUAACAAUGAAAAUCUCUGCUCAACAUAAACCACAUCCACUUCCAGUACAAAUUCAUACAGGCUUUGGUGAUAGUGAUGUUGACUUGAUUCUAGCCAAUCCUCUACACCUCAAACCUGUUAUUGCGGCAUAUCCAACUGUUCCCAUUACCUUGCUGCACUGCUCGUACCCGUAUACACGCGAAGCAGCCUUUUUAACGUGGGUCUAUCCCAACGUAUACGUCGAUAUUGGUUUGGCAAUCCCCUCGCUCAGUAUCGCCGGUAUGCGUCAGGCACUCUCCUCUCUUCUCGAAUUGGCACCGAUCGAUAAAAUCCUCUACAGUUCCGACUCGCAUCACAUUCCAGAAAUUUACUAUCUAGCUAGUCAUUGGUCUAGAACUCUCCUAUACCAACUUUUUAUCGAAUCUAUCAAUCAACAGGAAAUCAAUCAUCAAGAGGCAACUUUAUUUGUUGAUAAAAUAUUUAGAUUAAAUUGUUUAAAAUUAUAUAAUAUCUAA